CAAUAAAAAAAAACAAGGCUCAAGCUAUAAUUAUUCAUUGAUUCAAGCCUUCGCCAGGCCGCAUACCUACACGUAGAUCUACCGCGCUGCUGUUCUUGGCAGUAGAUGUAAGAAAGGUGAUCCAAGCGAGAAGCAAAGUGUAACACUGUGCAAGCAGCAGGUACAGGUUCGGAGAUUGAUGGUAGUAACUACGACGGGGACUUUGUAGCGGUCGUGGAUCAGGCCGCUGCUUUGCUCGGCGAACAGUAUGUGCCAUGGGCAGCGUUAGAUAAGACAGUUGUUGCAAUAGGGUACAGCGCCGCUAGCGCGCUGGCAGUGGACGGUACGAGUACGGAUGUUGUUUGCUCUGUUCUUCUGGCUCUGCACUCGAGCCAGGCGAUCGUACGUGCGACUCCGUCCCCACACAGCGGGGCAGCGACGUCGUUGCACUGUGAUCAGUGUCCUCGUGGCGGUAGCGUUCAUCUUCGCUCUGUGGAGCACCCCAAUCUUGCCCCAAUCUAAAUUGCUCGCGGAGAGGCUAGGCUUGCAAUGUGAUGAGGAGAGAGCUAUAAACUUUCUGGACCAACUAUGUUCGAACUACACGCACGGCUACAUCGUCGGACCUCUGUGCCCAGCUCUGUGCCAGCCGACGUUGGUACCUGAUGACCACGCCAUACGCCGGCUCACUAUCAAGAAGUGCCUCUCACACGGCAACAAGGUUGUCCUGGCGAUGACUCUGACGCGUCGUCUCCAGCUUGCCAAUGGAGAAGGUGGCAGCGAGCAACGCGCAGGCGAGGUCAGCGAGGAUGUGGUGUUGAAAGCAUCGCACUUCUCCGGCGAGCAUUAUCGCUCUACGAUUGAUGGGCCGCUCGGGGGCAUCUCCAUGGCAGAGGCACUGGAGCUAUUCAAGGACCUGAUGGAUGCGUUUGUGUCACCGUAUCGAACCAACAGCACAGCACUGCUGAAGUUCAUGGACCGGUACGGCCUGGCACCACCCAGUUCCACACCGCCUUUACCACCACCGUCGACUGCACAGCUACACAGCCUCUGGUCACUGCUCGACCAGGAGGAGUUUGUGCACCUGAUGCUGCUCGCGAACUCCGGCGUCACACCGAACCUGAUUGGCUCGUGCGGGCAUGCGUACCUCGUGCCGUCUCGACCACCUCCAUCUGCAUUCAAUCUCAUGCUGCUGCCGCACAUCUCGUGGCGCGAGCGUGUUCGCACCGCCCUCGGCUUUCUGACACUCGAGCAGCGCCUCGCGUCCACUAGGUACGGCGUCUUCCACCUGUGCGACGUCAAAGGGGAGAACUUUGGCGUGCGUAGACAGGCAACCACCUGCUCGGACAACUCCGAAAACGUUCACGCACUAUCCUCGCAUGAUACUGAAUGGGCAGAUGAUCCAGGUGUCAGGAUGGAACGCAAUACAGAUGAGUCGUCGGAAUGCAGAAACGAGCUGGAGGUGGAGGCAAUCGAUAUUGAUAUCUCGUUCUUUGAGCGCAAGAUGAAGGAGAUGCUUGGCCAGCCGCGCUGUGACACUGAUGAAGAGUGCGAAUUCUUUGACUGCCACGCAUACUGCGACAAGUGGAGGAGGCAGUGUGCCGACGUGCGCUCCAACCACAACCUUCAUGUACUGUGUCGUAAGAUUUUCAUUGGCACGAAGACACAAGUUGGUCUGCUGUGGAGCGCGCCGGUGCGUAUACGUCAUAACUUGCACUUGCUCCUGACUGAGUGCAGUGAUUACACGGCAACGACUGAUACACGUUUGAUGACUGAGCGCCUCAGAACGCUCCUACUAGAAGAGCUGAACCCGCGAAAACGGACGCAACGUCAAAAAGCACUGUAGUCUCCCCAUCAAUGUUAUGAAGCCGCUGAGUUUUCGUGGAGGUUGUAUUAUUCCUAAUGGUGGAGGUAGGAAUUGGCGCAGGCCACAAGUUCCCAAUGCUUCUUUCCCUCAUUCUCUCUCUCUCUCUCUCUCUCUCUCUCUCUCUCUCUCUCUCUCUCUCUCUCUCUCUCUCUCUCACACACACACACACACACACACACACACACACACACACACACACACACACACACACACACUCACUCUCUCUCUCUCUCUCUCUCUCUCUCUCACACACACACACACUUACUCUCUCUCUCUCUCUCUCUCUCUCUCUCUCUCUCUCUCUCUCUCUCUCUCUCUCUCUCUCUCUCUCUCUCUCUCUCUCUCUCUCUCUCUCUCUCUCACUCUCUCUCUCUCUCUCUCUCUCUCUCUCUCUCUCUCUCUCUCUCUCUCUCUCUCUCUCCCUUGUUCUACUAGUGAAUUCCCAACAGGCUUUUUAUAGGGAACGUAGAUCGGAUUUGGUCUGUGAUACAAAUUCAUUGGAGGAACUGAAACUCCUGCUGCAUGGUGCCGAGGUCGGCUAUUGCCCACGCCACAACUUUAUUGGCUUGUGCCAAGUGAUCAUGAUAAUAUAGAUAUAUAAUUAUAUGAGCGCACACAUGGUCCAGUGGAGUUCUCUCUACUCAGAGUUUCUCGCUCUGCGCAGUCUUUAGGAGACAUUCGAUAGGAGCACUCUGACCUGCUAUCAAGGAUCAUUCUGUUAUUAUACGAACUGACUGGAUACUCUAAUCUGUGAACAGCCACUGUGCCAAUGAACAGCCACUGUGCUUUCAGAGAAACAAAUAGAAUCUUUUAUAAUCUGUCUGCCGACAUAUUAAUUUAUUUGCCCUGCGACUGCACUGCAGACAUAGUGUAAUGUCACUGACACGGACCUCGCUGUCCAUGUUACUGUGUCUCUUUGCGGGUGCCACAGGUGUGGUGCAGCGCCAUAAAUAUUAUUGAUAAAUUCAGUUCCGGUGCUGGCAACGUUUAGGUUCUCAAUGCCCAAGGCUUUUGAAUAUUUUAAAUAUUUUUUUUCUUCUAGAGAUUUUGCUAUAUUGUUUAUUUCUCAUCUUACUUUUCUUGUGCCUACCUAUACCUCUGCCGUUGCACUAGAGCAUUGCUCUGACUCGUCUGAGAAUUCGUUAGGAACGUUUUCACCCUCGAUUAUGAGCAUCUUAUCACCAGAGGCUGUCCCGGUAUGGAUCAUAUCUAUGAGUUGAGAUUUGAAUCGGAUUAUAUCACUUUCAUAAUGUU